CCAUAGACUGCAACAUGGUCCCAUUGCGUCUGCAGGAAGUGAGCAUAUCAAUAUAGAACUGGCAUUUCCCAAUGUCAGAAUUAUUAUGCUCCAGACAAUCUUGAAAUGCCUUCGCCUGAUUAGCACAAGCAUCAACUGUCUGACCCCCGAAAGGGGAUGAAGCUGCAAGAGGCUCCGGAGCAGCAGCCGCAGGUGCCGCACCACCGCCUCUUGGACCCAUCACAGCAUCAACUGCUCUGUGCGCCACAGCACUCCCAGUUCCAAACGCCAUUCCUUGGGCAAUUGUUGAGCCAAUGCCGCCAAGAAGCGAGCCUCCUCCAUCCCUCUGGGGGACAGCAGGCGGGGGAGCCUGUGCCACUGGACGAGGAGCUGGGGGAGGCACUAUUGCCUGCCUCAUCGCCAUACCACCACGUUCGGGAGCAAUUUCUUUGCGACGUCAACAAGAUUGGCAUAAUGAAGACCGUUUCAGCGGGCAGCAUGAUAGCCGCUUUCCUGUUUGUGGCGAUUGCGACGAUGCUCGCUUCGUCACCCGCGGGUGCUCAGCCGCUGAGGUACUGCAAUUUCUUCCUUUCCGGCUACAAGCGGAGGAUACCGGAGCUGAAUAUAUGUCCUGGUGGCGAAAAGGCGUAUAGCAGAUUCACAGGCAGCAUUGUGCACAAUGUCAAAACUGACACGGCGACGGUGGACAUCAAAACUGCGACUGUGAGCUCCGACUGGUGUGCAAUGAGUUCCGGUCCAUACGGUCUCAGAAGGGACGGAAUCAAGUGCGCCAACACGUUCAGAACCAUUCAGGAGUGGAUCUACGAGACAAACCUUCAGGAUGACGCGCCAUGGUUCUUGAACAAGUUCAUCAAGAUCCACAUCUCGGGCGUGCAGUACAAGGGAGGAUGGGGUAAUUACCGAAGCGACGGUAGAGUCCGCGACUGUGUCAUGAUCAAGACAUCUAGCGACUUCGCAAACCCUGACGGCAGCAAUCUCAACACCACUCUCGAUUCCCCUUCUUUGAUCUUCAUGUCAUUGGGCAUGGAAUCUCCGUUUAGUCGCAUGAAGGAACUUAGUUUCUCGUACAUCGUUGCAUAUGUUGUUGAUAGUCGAACACGGUCGUGCCCUGUCGUUGAGUCCGACACGAUCGUCGAGUCCGACACGAUUGUCGAGUCCGACACGAUCGUCGAGUCCAACACGAUCGUCGAAUCAGAUACGAUCGUCGAGUCGGAUACAAUCGUCGAGUCCGACACGAUCGUCGAGUUCGACACGAUCGUCGAGUCCGACACGAUCGUCGAGUCCGACACGAUCAUCGAGUCCGACACGAUCGUCGAGUCGAACACGAUCGGCGGGUCGAACCUGAUCGUCGACUCCGACACGAUCAGUCCAACACGAUCGUCGAGUCCAACACGAUCAUGCCCUGUCGUCGCGUCGAACACGAUCGUCGAGUCCGACACGAUCGUCGAGUCCGAUACGAUCGUUGAGUCGUGCCCUGUCGUCGAGUCAUGCAUGAUCGUUGAAUCGGACACGAUCGUCGAGUCGGACACGAUCGUCGAGUGGAACACGAUCGUCGAGUCGAGCACGAUUGUCGAGUCCGACACGAUCAUCGAGUCGUGCCCUGUCGUCGAGGCUGACACAAUUGUCGAGUCCGACACGAUUGUCGAGUCCGACACGAUUGUCGAGUCCGACACGAUCGUCGAGUCGUGCCCUGUCGUCGAGUCCGACACGAUCGUCGAGUCGAACACGAUCGUCGAGUCGAGCACGAUUGUCGAGUCUGACACGAUCGUCGAGUCGAACACGUUCGUCAAGUCAAGCACGAUUGUCGAGUCGGACACGAUUAUCGAGUCAAGCACGAUUGUCGAGUCGGACACGAUCGUCGAGUCGAAUACGAUCGUCAAGCUGAGACCGAUUGUCGAGUCCGACACGAUCGUCAAGUCGAACACAAUCGUCGAGUCGAGCACGAUUGUCGAGUCCGACACGAUCGUCGAGUACGACACAAUCGUCGAUUCCAACACGAUCAUCGAGUCCAAGACGAUGCGACGACCGUCGACGGGCAGCAUGAUCUCCGCUUUCCUGUUUGUGGCGAUGGCGACGAUGCUCGCUUCGUCACCCGCAGGCGCGACUCAGCCGCUCACGUACUGCAAUUUCUUCCUUUCCUGCAACCCGUCGAACAUACCUGUGCUGAAUAUCUGUCCUGGUGGCGACGUGGCGUACAGCACAUGUACAGGCAGCAUUGUGCACCAUGUCAAAACUGGCACGACGGAGGUGGACUUGAAAACGGCGACGGUAAACUCUGACUGGUGCGCAAUGAGCGCCAGUGCGGACGGUCCCACCUGGGACAGAAUCAAGUGCGCCAACAAGUUCAGUACCAUUCAGGAGUGGAUUCACAAAAGGAACCUUCAGGAUGACGCGCCAUGGUUCCUGAACAAGUACAUCAAGAUCCACAUCUCGGCCGUGCAGUACAAGGGAGGAUGGGGUAAUUACAACAGUGACGGGAGAGACAGCGACUGUGUCAUGAUCAAGACAUCUAGCGACUUCGCAAACCCCGACGGCAGUGAGUGCCCCAUCUAAGUAAGCGAAGUAUGGUCACCGUGUCAACAGCGACGGGAAGACGCACGCCAGUACAAACUGUACAAUUGCUGAUGCAUCCGACAAUGUUUCAGUCCAAAUCCGCAGAAGGUAGUCAGUCCAUCCUAGUGUAAUCAUGCCAUAAGCUAGUGUAAUGACGCCCUAGGCUCUGCGUCUCCUCUGCAUAGAGCGCUUAACUAUGCCGACUGAAACUGAGCUGGUCUUGUGCGCACAGCAUGAAUGUGGUUCUCGAGAGUUAGAUGAGCUCAUCAAGAAAAAGACUGAGGAUCAAUCGCGAGCUAUAUCCACAAACUGAAGAUCAAUCGUGAUUCCCGUGUUUACCAUGUCGAGGCUGAAGGCGGUAGUUUAUUUAGAGUUCACCAGGGUGCGUCGUGGAGGAGGACAAAUGACACUGAUGAUGGUGGGUGUCAUGGGUACUGAUCAAAGGAGCCCCCCUGAUGUUGCAAAGAAUGUCCAAUGGAUAACUCUGUGCCUAUGUGCCUAUACUACCGUUCUAGCACGAAACGUU